UGUCUCAAGUAUACAAAACGCAAGAGAAAAUCCUUGGGUCGGCAUGCCAACCCAAGGUGCUCACUUCCAAAUCUGUCUUGACGUGCCUCGAUGAAAGCCGCCGCCGCCGUAGCCUUCCUUGCCACGGCCGUCCAUGCUGCUGCUGUGUAUCCUACGUAUGAAAUCCCUGCGUUCGACGUCCAAGUCGGGUCGGAAGCACCGUCGCUUGUCGCAGCGUUGAAGGCCACUGGGCUCGUCGCGCUCAAGAAUAUCCCGGACUACACGACGACGCGGGCUGCGUACUUGCAAGCGGCUGCGGAAUGUGUCAGCGCUUCGCAUGAAAGCGUGAUCCAUAAGCGGUUGGUCGACGGCACGCAACGCCGCACGCUGAGCACGCAUGCCGACACCGACUUGAUCCCGGAUGCGCUCGUCGAGGCUUGCCCCGACUACGUCGCGGCACUCAAGAAAUUCAACGGCGUGAUCGACCAAGCUGGCUUGGCCUUUGCGCGGGCCCUCGAUGCCUCGUCCGAUUCGAUUCAAAACCACGCUGUUGAGACGGUCGUGACCAAGGGGAAGAACUUGGAGCACUUGCACUCGUACGCUGCGUCGACUGCCGACGACAGCAGCGACGACUCUGAUCUGUCGUUGGAGCGUCACACCGACAGCGGUCUCUUCAUCCUCAUGUCGGCGCCGACAUUCUUUGAUGCGUCCAACCGCCCCGUCGCGAACCCCGACACGAACGCCGGCCUCUUGGUCAUGCUGAACGGCACGGACUUUCGUCCGGUGCAAAAGGAUGACGAACUUGUUGUCAUGGUGGGCCAAGGUUUCAACGAAUGGACGGAUCUUGGCCACCGCUUCCCUCCCGUGCUGCAUGCGAUGGUCAUGCCUCGCUCGUCGGAACCUGUCAACCGCCUCUUCUUCGGUCGCAUGGUCCUCUUGCCGGAGGAAUCGAUCAUGGCCAACACCAACACAACGUUCCAAGAGUACGCAGCCAGCACCAAGCGUUUCCUGCUCGGUCAAGACACGGACAUCGCGACGUUUGCAUGCCCCAUCCACCGCCAGCUCCAGGCAUCCGACCCGUCUUGCACCAUUGGGAUCUGGGCGCCGUCGAGCGACAGCCCUGCCAACGUGACGAAAGCGAUGUGCAUGCGCGACUGCAACGUCGAAAACAACCCGGACAUGCAAAAGGACAAGGAACGAUGCGUCGCAAACAAGUGUGUCAAGACGUCCGAAGUGGCGAACGGCGGCACGGUCUGCUGGAUGGUGUGUGUGCAAAAGUUCUCGGACGACGUGUGCCCGUCCAAGACAGCUACUUGCGUUGACGACUCGUUGGUGUGCCAAGGAGGGACCGUGGCACCCAAGCCCGUCACGACGACGGCUGCACCGAUCCCCGUCAAGUCGGCCGCUGCGUCGUCCAUCCUCUCGGCACUUGCCGUCCUCGUUGUGUCGGCGGCGUGCAUCAUUGUCUAAUGCAACGUUAAUGAAAUCCAUACGUCUUUGUGCAA